GUCUCUUCCUUAAAGGCAGGAAUGUAAAUCCAGAGGGAUUAGUGCGAGCACACUGGGCUGUAAACCCUUCAGUAGCUCUCCAAGGGGUCUCUGCCUCAGUGCGUAAAAGUAGGGACUGGGCUCCGGACGCACAGCGCAGCACUUCAUCUCCCACAGGCUCCAUGUGCGUCACCUCCGCGGGAUACUUGACGAGGAUUACUGAUACUUUGAAAUCAGUGCCCGCGCGGGUCACUGACAUGUGAAAACAUUGGCGUUUUGCUGAUGUGAAGGCGUUUUCACUGGAAUAGGUCAUCUGUCCCGGAGCGCAGAGGGGACAUGGGUCAACUUUAUGGUGCGACUCUUUUACCAUUUGGCGCAAUGUGUGUUGUUUUCCUGUGGGAAUCCGGUGCCAGCUCUAUCAGGACGACACUUGCAGUGGACACUUCGAAGUAAGUUUAUUAGGUUAACCUUAACACGCGCGUCCACAGUGAAUGAAAGGCAGCAUGCUGGUGACGCAAUGCCAAACUCAUCCAUAAUGAAUUUGAUUAUAGAUCUGAGCAGAUUGGAAGAGUUUUCCUUCUAUUAUCUUGACAAGAGACUCCAGCAGUAAAGUAAUAAGAAAAUUCAAACUUAAGCUGAAUAAAACGUGAUGUGUUUGUAAAUGUUCUGUAAACUUCUCGUUAACUCUUAUGAACUUUAAUAGCACUUGUUUCAGCGUUUGAUAUAAGAGCCAGAGCAAGAAGUCAAGCACUCACUGCCAGAUGUCAGUUCAGAGUUUGGAGUGUUUUAUUGCUCUCUGCUCUGAACGACAGGCUAUGAGAGGAGCAGGUUUCAAAGAGGAGACCCCUGGAUGAACCGCUGCAGUGCGUCUAAUCUAAUGUGAUUUUCAGGGAAACGCAGGAGGCAAAGGGAAACUCCAAAUGGUUGGAAUAAGUCGCGGUUCAAUGAGCCAAAUGUUACUUGUGGUCAGACAUAACAUGACAGAUGCUGUUCGGGUGCCCGGAGACAGUGGGUCAGGAGGUGACUGGAGGAUGUGAGGGGAGCACAUGCACCCAGUGUUCUGUAUGGAGGAGGAGGAGGAGGACCACUGGAGGUGCAGCAUGCGUUACUGUUUUAUUACAGUGAGGUAGAUUACAUCCUCUUCAUCUUCUACAAGCUGUGACAUCUACUGAGUCAUGCUUUCUAGGUUUAGUGUAAACUCAUCAGGCUGUAUUACAAUAAGGGGAGAAACAUCUGUGAUUAAUGGACCUCCACUUAAACCUUAAUAAAGAUGAUUAAUGCUUCUUAGACAGUUAUAUUGAGAGAUAUUUCUGGCAUUGCUGCUGUUAAGACAAAGAGUUAAAUAGACUAGCAAGGGUUUUUUAUUUUCUCAUGUCUGUUGGGAUCAGUAUGAGGCAUGAUAUGUCAUAUUGUUAGGCGAUGAGAAAAGGUGUUCUGAAGGUUAUAGGUGUUUACAGCAGAGGAAGUGAGCAUGUUAUCUAACCUGUAUGAUGUCCUACUUAAUUAAUCCGCAUCCGUUCUUGGUCUAGGAGACAGAAAAUCAAAUUGUGUAACUGUUGUAUGUUUUGAUAUUAUUUGCCUUUUUUCCUGCAUAGAUGAGUCCUCAUUAUGAAAUGUCAAAAUUGCCCGUCUUAUUUAACCUGCAGAUGCUGAGAUGAAGUCAUCAUGAUAACAAACAACAAUUUGUUAUUUUGAUGACUUCAAAAAACACCAGUUUCAGACUCUUUGGGUUCUCAUAGAAAGCAAAAUCAGCCAAUUUACAGUGAUUAUGAUUUUUGUCAACAUGCAAAUGUCAAUGUCCAUGUAGCACUCUAUAGGACAGCCACAUACAUCCAAUACAAAUACCAAGAAAAGUGAGUUUGCUGUCAAAAAUGUAACACAAACUGAAUUGAAAAGUUAAUGUAUUUUUAAACACUACAUUAAAUUGAAUAUUAUGCAAAGACAAAAUAUCGAAGGUUGAAACUGAAGAACUGAUUGUUUUAUAAAAAAAGGUUAGCUCAUUUUAGGUUUGAUUCCUACAACAUGUUUUAAAAAAAGUUGGAACAAGAAAAUUUUAACUAUGUGUUUGCAUCACCACCUCUUUUAAUGAGGAGAAACUGGUCUACAUGGUACUCUAGUGGAACAGUUUGUGGAGUCUGGAAGUGAGUGGUUGUUUCUCAUUAGCUUACAAGAUUCACUACUGCCUGUUUGUGUAGGUCAUUGCCACUAGAGGGCCCAAAGAUCAGGGCCAUCCAGUGUUAGUUAUUGAACUUAUCUCUUUUUUGUACAGCGAAUUUCACUGAUUUUCUGAAUCUUUUAUGUAUGUAAAUAAUGAAUUUCCACAAAUUCACUGCAAUUUUAGACUCAGCGACAUGUUGUAAAUGUUCAACUAUUUGCUCACUCUAGUCUCUCACAGAGUGGUUUGACUCUUCCUGGCUUUAGCUUCUCUUGUAUUUCAUUUAAUAAACUCAGUCAUGUUGCUAACCUGUUGCAAAUCAAUAGUGUUAUUAGUUGAAAGAUGGUCUUGGGGUUGUUUUUUUUGUGUGUGUGUUUGGUGCACCUGCCCAAACUUUUCCGCAAAGUUUAGCUUCCAAACAUCUAAAAUGUGAAUGUAUUUUUUCCUAAAACCGCAGCAUCGGUGACUUGGCACUAUUCUCAGGUUUUAAAUGAUUCACAAACCAUCAAAACCUUUAUUUUCCACAUUGUACACAGUUGCAUCAUUUACUGUAUUGGAGUUGUAUAAUAAUAAGUAAUGUGCUGUCAUAAUAUUGGGAAACUUUGGCCACAAGUCAAAGGAGUGUCAAGUUGUAACAAAGUGCAGCCUCCAGGUGUAUCUGCUUAAAACCAUGUGUAUGAUGGAGCUCCGGUGGCCUCACUCUUAAAGGAACCAUCAUGUUCAGAUCUGGACCUUUGCUGUUUGUCAGCCCUCAUCUCUUCUUUUUUUUUUUUUUACGUGUAUGUGUUUAAUGAAGAGCUCUGCUGGGAAAACUGUUGACAGUGACUCCUUUCUGUCUUUCCUCAGAGGGGAGUGUCCGGAUAAUAAGAUCCUGACUGUGGAGUAUCCCUGUGUCAGAGCCGGGGGAAAGAACGGCACCUGCUUCAGGUAAGACUCUUUUCACUGCGUUUAUUCCACUCUCACAAGCCUGAGCUCCUAAGUGAGACAACAAGGGGGCACUGAACAUUUUACAUUCAGGUUUUAAGCUGACUAUCUGUCCCAAAGCAGCAAUUCGCUCCAGGACACUGAGAAGAAGAUGAUGAUUUCAGCAGAGAGGACAAAACCUGAAACUUCUGUAGCUGUAAAUCUAUCUCUGUAACUGGUUCAGUUUCCAGAGCUCUACACCGAGUAUCCAACUUUCUGAAACUGUAUCUUCACUUCAGAGAGAAAUAAAUAUAAAAUAACCACCCUGUGAUAGACCAGUGAUCCUCACUGGUGACGCAGUUUGUGAAACUGUGUCCUAAUUUGCAACGAAGCAGCCAAAAGGUCAAGAUGACCUUACCUUGUGCUGUAACUUUUACUCACUGAGCUGUUGUCCAUCACUCUGGCUCUGUGACAGUAAAACUUAAGUUGAUCUUUUUGGCUCUAGAGGGAAAACAUUUAGGGAAACAUGCCCCUCAGGGAGUUGAACCCAAAUUAUAACCUAAAAAGAAGAAGUGGUCUUACAGUAGAAGUUGAGAUUAGUUAUUUUUACCUCACUGUGUCCUUAAAGAGGACCACAGACCGCUAUUAGAGAUUACAAACACCAAAUUUGGUUUAACUUAGCAACCAUCAGUGUUGAGGAAUGUGUAUUGAAGAUAAAUACCGGAAAGAGGAUGUGAGAGAGGUAAACGUGGCAGUUUUAAGAUUUAUCCAGAUGAAAUUAGUUCCUUUUCUGCUCUUCUCUCUUCUACAACCACUCUCCAGGGGUCUCAUUUAUGGAAAUAUUCUCUGAUUUAAUAUUUGAGCAUCAGGGGACAUACUGUAGGUUAAACAAUAUAACUGGAUUCAGUGCAGGCCUUGUAAGAUUCAAGCUCAUGAUACAUCAUCCACAUCAGGAGAAAAUCAAUGUAAAUCAAUCUCUCUGACGUUUAGAUAACUUCCCCCCUGAGCUAAUUCUGGACUGGGUUUGGUUGCUGCUGUUACAGAAGAUCCUUUAAUAAAUGGGGUAGCAGGUCUGGUGUGAGGCCAGAGCAUCAGAUCUGUUCACUGUCAGGGUCAGACUGUAACAGGCUCUGUGUCCUGUUUAAUUUCUGGCUCUUAAAGAGAAGUGGCGUGCCUCAGGAGGUGGCUUGAAUGAGGUUGUAUUUUCCUUUCUUUGUCUCUCAAGGCGGUUCAGACCUGGAUCUAAUUGAUUUUUCAAAUAACUGCGGGGAUGAACAGAUUGGUCCACUGUGUCUGUGCAGAAAUAUUACUUUGAACUCAUUUUCAGUGGAAGGAGUUUGUUGUUCAGACGGGGGUAAGUUAGCAGUGACUACAAACGUUCAUCUUUUUAGGCAUGCAAAGUUGGAGUUUCAGUUCAGGAUGUUUAACUUCCUCUCUUAGGCCAGAGUUUAUUUGUUGCAUGUUUGAAUUACAUGACUGAAUCUAAGAGUAAUAUAUAAGUGUUGAAGGGUAUCUAGGAGGUGCAGCAGUUGAUCAUGCUACACUUAUUGCAUAGAAGAAAAGAUAGGAGAUGUUGAUGCAGGCAGAUGAUACAGCCACUGAGAAAGACAACAGGGGGCAGCAGCAAAACUGCCAAGUAGACCAGACGCAGGGCUUGUGGCCCUCGUUGUCCGCACACAUAGGUAUUUUUUAAAGGGGUGUGCAUUGAGCUACACGUGUAUGCUUCAGCAUAUGCACAGGUCCCACACAGAAGCAUAAACCAGGCUUAACUCUUCAAGUCUGUUGACUUUUAUCUUCAUUCAACCAGUCCCUUAAGCAUGAACACUGCCAAUGUUCUGCUUCACUGACUUUGUGCCUGUUUCCUUCAGUUUGGUAGAUGUCCCUUCGCUCAGCUCUGUGUUUUCAACACCCCUCACUCUUUUUUCGUUGCUCACCUUUUUGUCAGCCAUGGAAAAUCAAAAGCUUCUCUCAAAGUGAGACACAAGGAAUAUUAACAAUGAUUGAUCAUUGCCUUAAAAUGCUAAUAACUACAAAGAUUUUCACUACAGGUCAACAGGCAGAAGUGAAGAUGAUUGGACUCCUUUCUGCAGAUUGACCAAUAUCACGGGUUCUCUCUCAAACAAUCAAAAGACAGUGGAAAAGACAUGUGCAGUCAAAAAAUACAGUGAUGGUGAAAUUUAUUUAUAGCCGGCUCACAAGGUGCCGUGCAAAAAAUAUUUACAAAAAGGUGAAAAAAUUGUCAAAAUUCUAUUUACAACAAUGUACAAGGCAGAAAAAAAGACAAUGCCAACAAGGUGAGAGUUCAUCAAUAACUCAGGAUUCAGCGACACAGCAGCAAUACAAAAAAUCAGUUCAAGGUUACAAUUCACCCAAGACAAAAAGGCGCUAAUAGCCCUCCGUACAGCCCUUGAAAAUGCAGUAAAUCUGACAAAAUAUCACAGAUGAACUCUACUGGUGUGCUCCGGCGGUCACAUGACUCCCAAAAGUGCGCAGCCUUGCACUAUUUACUGACAGAUCAGGAAAUGCUCCGGUUUGGCUUAUAAGAUGGCAGUCGGGGAAUGACGGGGCGUUUAGCGGCCCUCCGUUACAACCACUCACUUGUGCGGUCAUGCUGCUCACUCUGUUGUUGAGUAUCAGUAACCAUCGUUUUGGGGGUUUGAGCCAGUCAGUAGGAAUAGACAUUAUUGGUUGACUGAAUGUUGAACAUUGUGUCAAUCUGAAGGCUACUAGACUUACUAGUCCUUUAGACAAUUUGAUAACCCUACUAAUCAGAACUCAGUAUUUAUUGGAAAUGUUUGCUUGGAAGUGGGUGAAUACUGACUGUGCUCUGGUGGUAGCUAAUGGGAUAUUAAAUGUGUUUACAUGAAACGAGGUGUUUUUGUCCCAGAUGGUCACUAUCAACUUCUUUGCUUGUCAAUCAUAUGUGAUCCACAGCCUGGACUUCACUUCAUCUUACCACCCUGAGGAAAAUGGCCACAAUAUGAAUAAUAACUGUGGGGUCCUCACAGUUUUGUUUGAGUUAUGCCUACAUUUGAAAGAAGCAAAUAUGUCUAUAGUAUGACCAUUAUAAGUAAGAAAAGAUAAAAAAAAAUAGUACCAAAUCAUUGUUCUGAAGCCACUCUGUUUGGCUGUAAAUCUGAAGAGAAAACUUCUUCUAAGAUGAGGACUUAUUGAUGUGUUUGACAAAUGUUCAAUCAUCUGUUAUCAUUUUUGAGGGGUUGCAGAUCGAAUAAAGAGCUGCCAACAUUCAUAUAAACUCUGAAGCUAUCCAUGGCCUGAGUCCACACAAUGUGGAAACACUAAAUAGGGUAUCUGCUGCUAGCUGUGAGUGGGGUCUCUGUUUUUUUACAAGACUUCUUUCACUUCACACUUACUGUAUGUGUUUGAUGGUAUAGCCUUUCCUUUUUUGAGUAGAACAAGGGUUGCAAAGGACAUGUUAAUGGUUAAAUCUUCUUUAAGAGCAGUUAAACAAGUUAUUUUACUUCCUAACAUUUCACUUUUGUGUGCGUUUUAUUGUUUUUUGAAGAGGCAAUUUAAAGCAGCACAUGCUCAACUCUUAAGGUCUUGUGUGCCAUUAUUACUACAGAAAACACUGCAACACUCUCCACAGUGUAUGUGGAGAAAUCCCAGAUUUGACAACAUGGCCAUAAGUAGUUACAAUUACCAGGAUAUGAUUGGACAAUUGAGGUUUUUAAACUACAUUUGACCCAGACCCGGCCAGACUGACAGUCUAAUCUCCAUUCAAAGACAGGCUGGACUUUUUCCAAUAGUGCCUAGUUUUCUUCUCUUAUUUCUUCACCUGGCACUUCUCUCUCGUAUUGUAAUAAUCUGGGGGAAAAGUAAUAUUCCUCAUAGUUUUGAUUGAAAGUGACAUACUAACCACCUAAAAAAUUCACACCUUCCCGUGGAGGUAGCCAGGCUGCUAUGAAAACAGUGAAAUAAAUUGCUGUGCUUAUUGUGCUGUGGUUACGGUAAUAUCAAACAUAAGGCAGGAAUUUUAUGAAAAGAGACUUUUUAUCUUCAGGACUCUCCAAAAGGGAGGUUUAAUAAACAAUGAUAAAUAACUUUUGAUGAUUCAUGCCAAAAAAUGAAACUUUCUUUCUCUGUCUCUGUGUGCUUCUUGCAUUUGGUUUCUCUCAGUUUGGCUGAUGUUCUCCACCUCAGCAUUAUCUUUUUUUGCUGGUUUUCCAUCCUAUGUGUUGAUGUGUGAACGCUUGUGUUCAAAAUGCCUGAAAUACAAACAUCUAGGUGGUUUUUGUGGUGUUGUGCAGACGUAAACCCUCACUUCUCCCACCAGAUAAACAAAGAUCUCACCCUCUGUGGGUCUCCAGCUCUUCCUCUGUGGUUUCUCAGUGUGAAUCAGCUCGAUUUCUGCAUUUCUAUUGUUCUGGCCAUUUUAUAUACUCGUUCAGUCGAUGCUGGAGGUCAGAAUUCAGCUGUGCCAAGCUAAAUAUACGGUACAGGGUUUAGUACCAGAAUCUGAGUGAUGUGUGAGUGUGCAUGUUUAUUUUUGUGUCUGUGUGAAUUGUCUCUGUAUUGGCUGUUUUGGCUGCUGAAGCAGGUUUACAAUGAUGAGAGUUGGUUUUCUGCCACUCUCUCUCUAAACAACAUCAUCUUUGAGUCCAGCUCUGACAACACCGACAGCUCCACUGAACUAUAAACCAUCCUUUACUUGAUUGGCGUGUUGUUCUGGUUUAAAUGACCCUGCAGGGCUCCCAUAGUGCCGCAGAUAACACUCAAACUAUCAUGUUGCAGAGUGUGAGCUCAGGCUCUUUCUCAGAUCAUGUUAGGGAUGAUAAAUGCCAAGGAGAUUGAAUUUUAUUAUUUCCAUACUUUAUGCUGCUUUUGCUGCUGCAGUGAUUCAUCUCUCCCAGUAAGCUCAUGGUGGUUUUGCAUCCUCAGACUCCCGUCAGUUCAUAAGCAGUGAUCCUCGUCUGUCUCUGCAGUAUCAUCACACAGAGGGGAAGGGGAUGUUAAUAAUUUCUGCUGGUUUUGAGAUGUCCUUAUGCUUUAACUGUUUUCAUACACACAGAAUACACAUGUGUGUUUUAUUUUAUUGCAGAGUUGGACUGAGAAACGUCUGUAGCUGAAGAGUUUUAUUUACACAAGAACGAUCAUGCUGGUUUUUUCCAGUCUCUGCCAAGUGGAGUCAGGCUUGAAUUUUCAGUUUAUAAGUCACACAUUAACACUAAAUGCCAUCCAAGCAGCUUCAGUAAAUAAAUGUCAUAAUGGGACGAUAAUAAAACCACAGUACUGUCAUUCAAAAACGUAAUCAACCCUUACUGUGAUGAAAAGAUAGGAUGAAAAACAAAACUUAGAGAACAAAAGUGCAGGGAAACUCUCCUUUAAACAUAUAAGCUUUUGACAUUUUGAAGAUGCUUUUGGCUGUAAGGCCUUGAUAUGCUCAAGAGUUUGCCUUUCACAUGCCUUGCACCUUACAGCGUGAGAUUAUUGCUGUCAGAUUCACAUCCAUGGCUAAUUCUACUCACCGUGCAUGGAGGAGGAAAGCAAGUGCAGGAGAAGAGAAAAAGGACCGAUCUGCCUCAUAAUAAAUGUUUGUGUUAUUGUCACUGAAACAUGAGAUAUUUCAGAAUCACAAACACAACAGUAAAACCAAUAAACUGCCUACUGAGGCUGUAAAUCUUUGAGGACACAAUAACAUUAGGAUGUUUGCUGGAGGCAAAUAGAAGUCAAACUGGCGACAAACACAUAUCACUACCACAAAGUUAAAGGCAAAACAGAGGACCUCAAAUGUAGUCUUGUUGUAUUGUUUGAUGUCAGAAUAGAGAAGUAACAGUGUUGAAUCAAAACUUAAAUUUCUACCAUAUACCAGCCGCUAAAGCCCAUCAACAAAUGAAGGCAGCUUUGGUUGGACACGAUGAGACACAGGAGUGGACGAAAGUGACCACCAAAGCUGCCUUUGUGUGCAUAAAACCGAUAUUCACAGCUGAAUGGAUGGGUGGCAUUUUGUAUUUUAAGGGUUAUCAUCACCCUCUGAUCAGGGGAAAAUUUUAUUUCUUUGUAAAAUUAACUUUUUUUGGCAAAUUAGCAGAUUAUAGCUUUGUUAGCAAAAACUUGAGAAAAUGCCUGUCUUCCUGUUGAAUGAUUGUUCAGGUGAUCAAGCAUGAAUGUAAAGACUUAUACUGCCUCAGUUAGUUAUUAUGAUGCAAACUUUGCUUUUGUAUCAGAUAAGAAUAAAUGGCCAGUCAUCCAUAUUUAGACAGACCUAAGUUCCCUUUUGCUGUUGUUGAAAAUAAAGCCUGAAAUGACUUGACAGCAGGCUUAUUCUAGUUAACCUGCCUCUAGCCAAGCCUCGCCCACCAAAACUGACCUCUAACAAAAUGAGGGUCGAUCCAAAUUCACAAGUUCACUCAUCAUAAAUAACAUCUUGCUUACUCACUCACAGUAAAUGUGUCAUACAUAUGUGCCAUGAAACAAAUCAGCUCACCCUGACUUCCCUCAGACUCUUCACCAGGGGACUGGUGGGUAAAUGUUUGAAUAAAGUCGACUUGUUUAUCUUUGUCGUAAAACACAGCCAAACCCUGCAUUUGACCUAAAAAUUUGCUGAGAAACAGAGAAUAAGCACGAUGCGUGGUACAACAAAUUUAGUGUGGUUUUAAGAUCAAUACUGAGUAUCAGACAUACCUGAGUGAGGCUCCAGAUUUCCCAACUCUUGGUACUAAAAUGCUGCAUUCAAGUGCUUUUCAUGGCUCCAUAAUUGCUGUGUAAUUAUUUGCCAAAUUGGCCUCUGUGUAGCAAGAGUUAGUGGGCCGACUUAAGCCAGAAAGUUAAACACGGUCUGUUUUCUGUGUUUCUGAUGUACAUGAUUGUAAACUGAGAAUUUGGGGUUUUGGGGCUGAUUGUUGGACAAAAUAAAACAAUUUGAAAAUGACUCUAUGGCAUGCCAUGAUGACACAGCGCUUCGUAAGCCUUGGCUUCAUAGUUGAAAGAUUGAUUUGAAAGAGAAAAGCAAGCAGGCCCAGAGGAAUUGAAAAGUAACCCGCCCCUCGAGGCACAUUGGUACAUGAUCCAGGCGAAAAAGAAAGAUACUAGCCAAAAUGUGUCCAUCUUCAUAAAUAAAACAAAAGGUUGUAAUUUGAUGAUUCCCUCAGAUAUAUCCAUGUCCAUGUCUUUCUCAUGCAUUAAUGUAAUAACUAAAGACACAAGUAUAAUUUGUAGAUAAAUUUCUCUUAGCUCUACCAAUCAUUUUCUGUCGUGCUUUUCUCAACAAACACCUUCAGUACAACAAAUUCAGAGCAUGUGGUCAGAUGAAAACAGUCCAACUCAAGCUGUUUGAAAAACAAGAAAGAGUCGAGGUCAGAAAGGAACAAGGAAAGCUUAAAGUCAGUGUUUCAUGUCCUGAGGUUUUCUGGCUCAGGUUCUUCAUGUUCCUUGCCUGCAUGGAUAUCUUACAGCUGAGUCACCCAGAGUUUGAUCAUUCUGGCUGAAUUUCUGCCUCUGAAUCCUCUUUGCAGGGGUCUGAUAUCAUUCCACUAUUGGCCACUUACACACAUAUUUGCUUUAAAUAACUUAUUCAUUUGUUACAGAUGAGGUUCUCACUCUCGGUCCCUCCGCACACACAGAUGUGCUCAGCCUCACACAUCCUCACAGCAUCACAACACCUCAGGGCUCUCUACUAAAAUGAUUUGCUUAUUACCUGAAUUUUAAAACUAAAUGUACUCUAUGUUCCAGGGACAUGAUGCAAGCUACAGAAACAUGUGAUUCAGACACAUAAGAAACCUUUUGACCACAUCCACAUCCUGUCCUGACUCAUUUUAAACUCAUACAGGACUCGCCUUUGUGAGCAUGAGAUUGCGUGCUGGAUGUUGGUCAAGCAGCAGGAAGGUCUCUUUACAACUCAUGCCAACCCAGAUGUGGAUGGUGUCCACAUCUGAUAUAUAAGGUAGCUGCUUUCUGUUUCCUUCUCAUACUGCCAAAUCUCCGUUUGGAUUUUCGCUGUUAAAAAAAAACGCACAUGUAUCCUGAAAAACCAUUAAGUCAGAGUAUUGUUCUUUCCAGCUUUUUUUCCCUGUGUUUCCUUGUUUGGAAAAGUCUAAAGUCAAAUUCCUCGUCCAAAUACUUUGUGGUUUUAUCCGUUUCACCCUCUUUAUGAAUGAAAGCAAAAUUACUUAAUUGCUGCUCUGUUUAAAAGAUAUCCAAUUUUACAUGUCCCAGUCACUAUGUAAUUGGCCAAAUUUUGAGAAUACUUGUAAUUUUUUCCACAUAAGGUAAUUUAACUCACAACAAUUUAAGAAGCCAAUGCAGAGCAAACCUCAAUUCGACCACAAUGAUCCAACUUUCAGCUCAACCACAGUUGUCCUUCUCACAGGAGAAAAAACUUUCAAUCCAAGCCUGUCCAAUUCUCCCAUCCCUCCAAGAAGCUCCUCCAAACAGAUAUUUCCCACAGUUGUUUGGUGCAAAUUUUUAAAUGUCAUAAAAUCGACGGCCAAAAUUUACAGGAAAAAGACACUUCAUCAGUUUUAAAUCACCCCAAGAUGUUGAAAUGAUGCCCAUCCCCCCCUCUGUCAGUCAGUCAGUGUUUGUCGUAAAAACAGUGAAAGCGUUCAUCGACCCUAAAACAAAACUUUAUGACUUAUUUGUUCUCCCGUUUACACUAUCACAAAGUCAAAAAUCUGUGACUUUAAGCAGAUUUCUACUAAACUUUCCAACAACCCUUCCAGGCUAAGCUUUGCUUUGUGUCCAGCUCGUAAUAAAACUAAACAUUAGCUUGUUUAAAUAUUGUUAGUGCAAAUUAAGUUGGUUUAUAUGACACACGGUCUCAUGGUGAAUCAGUUUGUGAGGGUAAUCAGUGCUGACAAACUGACUUUUGCUUUUAAGACAUUACACUGUUGCACGAAACAAAAGACUCACAAACUUGCUUGUGAUACUUUUGGUCUUUCAAAUUCGUUCACACUUGGAAAACAAAUAUUUGCAGGCAGAUUUAACUCAGACUACUUCUGCUGAUGGUCUGGAUUACAGUAGUCUUUUUUAACUCCUCAGGUUUAUCCACAGGCCACCUUUAUGGUUUUUGAAAUUAAAGGUGUGUAGAUAGUAAAGGUUAAACUACAAUUAAUUAUUUCUCAAAAAGGCUACAUGUUCUGGUGAGACGUCACUACAGUAAUGGCUGCUUGCCAACCUCUGGAGUUAGGAUUGAGUUCAUUCAGCAUUUAACUCCCACAAUGACAUUGAUAUGGAGCCUGGGAGGUGACAUAACUUUUUAAUUGGCACGUGGGAUUUAACUGUUCGUUAAUAAACAAAAUCAUUUCCUCCAAGUCCAAAUAUCGCUGACAGCAAAGUCACUGUGCUUCAAGGAUCCUGAUGAGGUUUUCUCUUACUUAAAACAAUACCAAAUAUGGCUAAGCUAUAAAGUAUCUCUUUGUGAGUCGUACCUAAAUGAAAGAAAACGUCGAUAAUAUGGUCUCUGUCCAUGACACUGUCCUUCUUCUCACAAAUGAAGUGUGCAGAGGAUUAUUUACAAAAAUGCAUGCGCAAGAUACAAAUAAACUGCCAGUUCGAGAUACUAAAUCGCCUGUAUGAUAUAAUAAAACGCAAUUUCGAAUCGCAGGCGCCCUACAUUGAUGAUUGUACAAUGCUAAAAAGCUAAAUGCAUCCACAGGAGAAUAAAGUGUGUGUGCUUGAGUGGACACAUACUUCAUGUUGGGCCUCCAUAAAUUAGUGUCCUAAAUGGGCCCUCAUUAAAAAGUCUGGAUACGCCCCAGACACACACGGCUGUGACUUCACACUUAUGUUUGAUUGCUUUUAGUGAGUGUAUGUUGUUAGUGGUUUGGUUUCACUGUGUCUCUUUAAACACCGUGAGUCUGGGAUAGUUUGACUUUACUUUGUGUUUUAUGCAAUCUGUGUGACUUCCUAAAAGGGGUUAUUGGAGAUUAGCUAUUUGUUUGUUGAUGUUCACUUAAGAGCUCAGAGUCAAUGCUCCUUAAACAGAGCAGGCCGGCUCAUGUAAUCAUCCUGGGACGUGGACAUGAGGGCCUGUCACGACAUGCCUGCAGAGUGGAUACCCGUGGUUUUCAGUGUCAUGCUACAGUGUAUGUUUGAGGCAUAAUUUAAACAUCCUGCCAAACAAAAGUUCAGCAUGUUUCUUUUAUUUGUUUUGUAGAUCAGGAAAACUCCUUGUUAGCGUGAUGAAACUCAAAAGUGGUUCAAAACAGACGUCGAUUCGUUUCUGUGCACCAAAUCUAGCACACACCCUCUCACCCACAGUUGCCCUGUGCGUCACCCAUAAACAUUUAAAGUGUUCAUUAAUGGGACCCGACUCAAGGCCUGGAGUACAUCUCCCCCCUACAGCUUCUCUUUCCUUUCUAGCCUCUGAUUCUCUGUUUCUCAGCAGAGAGACAGAAGCCAGGCCUCUGUUUAGUAGCCUGAGCAUUAAAGACAGGGCUGAGUUAGGGUCAAAUGAAAUAAACACUGAGUUUGGGGCAUGCUUAGUGUUGUUUUUUAGAGCACUUGAUGAGUUUCACGCAAACCAGACCGGGUCAGAAAGGGUUAAUGGUGAGAAAUUGAUCCUGUCCUUGUCCCUGUCAAAAAAGAUCAGAUCUGACUAUUUUAAAGGUUUAAGAAAUACGAAUGACAGGAACUACUUAAGCUGAGCACCAGCAGUCUCUUCUUGUGUCCCUGUGGCCUCUUGGGAUGGCGGUGCCCUUUGAUGGGGAAGCAGAGGGCAGAUCUGCGGUGUGAUUGACCCUCAGAGAGUUCAGGAUGUGUCGAGUUUCAGCAGUUAAAGCCCUGAAAAAACACAGAGGGGGAGACACAGAGUCAGUUUACUGGACAAAUGAUGACCUGAUGAUUGAACACCUGACUGACUGACUCACUGAUUGAUUGAUUGAUUUGUUUGGGUUCGAGUGAUUGAGUAACACACCAACAGAUUUCAGCUUUUCCAUGCUUGUGUGGGAUGAUGCAAAAGUGUAAACUUUGCCCCUUGACAUAUUGGACUACAGAUAAAGCUGUGUUAUCUUGAGGCCCUAAGCUCCCCUAAGCUCCCUCUCAUCUCCUUGUUUCCUCCUAAAUUAUUUGUAUAAUGCCUCACUUCACUCCUUACCCUACCUUGUCAAACACUAUAAAAACAGCUGACUCCCCGUGUAACCACUCUCUUAUCUUUACUCUCUUAGUAGAUACUAUCUUGUGCAUCUUACAUAGUCACAUGAAAGUGGUCACAAGUGGGUUGGUACCACCAGCUGCUAAUCAAAUGUCCCCCUGAGGGACGAUAAAGCUUUCUAAACUCAUGAGCCACUACACCACUAACAUUACAUACCAUCACAUAUUUCAUAUAAUGUCCAGAUUCAUCCACAUCACCGGUCCUGUGACUGAAAACUCUUUGGUGCAGUCAUCCUCAUAACAAUUGUCAUGCUUUUAUUUUGAUAUUUCUUUCAGUCUUGUGUCUAGAUUGCUUUAUUUCCUGCACUGUGAAACAUUGCUUUUAUUUUGAAGUAAACUACUUUUGGUAUAUUGUAAGUUACAGAGCUGAAAAAACAGUGAAAUGAACUGUUAGAAAGUACAAAUGUUCAGUUGAUUAGUCACCAGUAGAGGUACCGGCUUUAACAUUGUUUUUAGACUCACAAUCUAUCUUGGAAAGAAAGUUUUAUGAAAGUGUGUAAUCACCUCUCAAAGAGCUGCUACAGGUAGUUUGCUAGCCGUCUGCUUCUUCAUCUUCAUCUGUCCUCUGUUGAAAGACACUUGGCCCAGCGUCAGGAUUUCUACCAUGAAGUCAUGGUGUUACAAUCUGCUUAUUGUUCGUAGAAUAUCAUUAUUUUAACUGUUUGAUUAGAUGGUUAAUGCCAAUACUUGUGUGUUGCAGUCGUACAGAUGUACUCUUGACUGAGUGUGCUCCGGUUACUAGCAGCCCUGGCUAGCUGUGGGGGUGAACGCUAUAGUAUCCCAAUGGUCUGUUAAUGUAUAGAGCUUUCUUUAAGGAGAGACACCAGCAGCACACUAAAGCCUGCUUUAUGCUUCUGCGUCUGGUGACAUUUGCUGUAGGUCUGCGCUACUUUUUACCUACACAGAAGCAUACAUGUGCAGCCCAAUGUCUUUUUUUAAAAAUGUAACUGGUGAAACAACACAGACUGCGAGUCCUCUGACUGGUUCGCUUGAUGUUGGAUGUUUCCAUGAUCGCCUCUUCCUCAGAGGCAGUAUAGUCCAUCUCCUCUAACACCUCCUCUCUUUUCAUCUUGGUAACAUUUCCAGCAUGAACACGCCACACAAAAUAGAUUAGCUCCAACUUCAACACAUUAUGCUUCAAUUUAGUAGGACUUGAAACUCGUGAUAUGACGAGCAUAAACAUUGGACUGCUAACUAGUGUUGAGGGCUGUGUUAUUGCAGAGCGACAUGGACACUGAUGCGGGUUUGAAGUAUUCAUGGCGGCAUUGGCUACUUCUCUGCAGAGUCAAGACAGAAGUAUAAACCAGACUGUAAAGUGAAUGUGUGUGAGUCACUGCAUUUGGACCAGAAGCUUUUGUUUCACAAGGUUACUGUUACAUGUCUGGAUAUUCCAAAGUGAGUAAUAUCCUUAUUACGUACGCAAAACUGUAAAUUCUGACUAACCUAUUCGUCUAAAGGUCAGAACACAGUCAGAGCUCAGCACUGUUUCAUUGACGUAGUUGAUCCAUACCAGUCAAUGGGUGAAGAGUGUUCAGUUUUCAGACACGGCAUUUCAGACACGCAACUUUAUUUUUGAUUUGUAAACCACCUUACUACAGCAGGAUGCCAUGUCAUAAAAAUCUGUUAUCAACCAACACUUCUGGUGACAAAUUUUCACAUUUCUAGUUAGAGGCCCAGACAGGCAGAUUAUAUGUACAUUUAAACAUCAUCAGAAAAGGGUUAGUGACAUGUAAGUAAUCAAACUGAAACACACAAAUAUGUUUGUGAAGUUGAUUAAUUAGGAAAUGUGUUGCUUCACCCAAACUUUCCACCUGUUUUCUUUUGUGCACGUGAUUGAGAUCUGAACCAAUUCCUCCAAAAAUAGGAAGACGGUUGCACUUUUAAGAAAAGAUAGACCUAAAGACACAAUUAAUGAAAGUAUAACAGUUAAUUUUCACAUUUAAAUCAAACUGAUUUUAUCUGGUUUGAUGUCCUUAAAUAUUACACCUUAUCAUGUCACUGUUUUCAGUAUUGUGCAGAUCGAGUAUUUCUUCACAAGCUGCACACUUUAUAGACAUUUCAACUGAAAAUAAAUUCUCCAAACAGGCCGAGGGAAAGCAGAACAAGAGCCACCAGCGGGAUAAAAGAGAGCAAUAGCCCAGCAGAUUAGAUAUAAAAUAAACUGAACUAAUGAGUUAUUCAGAUAUCUAAACACUGACAUGACAGCUACUGAGACUAACAAGGAACAUGAAGGGUGAGCAGGGCAGAUAAAUCACAUGAGAGGAAAACACAAUGUGGGGGUCGCCUCUUUCUCACAUUGCUGUACUGAGAUAAAGUCAUUAUCUUAUUAAGUUUGUACACUAAGUCUGUUUACAGGAGGAAUGACAGCUAUUUAACAGUGAUGAACUACAUGUCGAGUUUAAUAGUAUUCUGACGUUAAAAGCUCAGUAAAGACAAAGAGAAGGAUGACAGAGGAAAUCUAAAUAUUAUCCAGCGUCUGUAAACUUGGUCUGAAGUAAAUCACUUUUAAUUUCAAAUGUGACCAGAACUGUCAGUCUAUUAAGCCUUUAAAUCAAAUAAGUAUUUCAUUUUUUUUUGUCUAAAAGGCUUUUUCAUGAGGCUAUGACUUGUUUUAUCCUCAUCGCAGCCCUCUUCAUAGCUUAUUGUUAACAACCACUGAAAAACAUGCAGCACACAUCAGAUUUUUAAAACCUUAUCAUACAGACAACUUACUAAUAGCUAAUAGUAAAAUGGGAUAAGAAACAUGACAAAACUUUGCACAUGUGAGGGAACUCCUGCAGGCUGCUGGCAGAUGUAAAAUAGGAAAAGAAAGUUCAGGAGAGGGGGUCUGUGGAGGUAUUUUUUGAUCCAAAGGAAAUAAAGCUGCUCCCUGGCAGGCCGAGCGCUCUUCUCUGCAGGGGGAUUUCACUGGAAACCACGUAAAGGUCUUUACACAGAGCAGGAGGGAGAAAUCAGAGCUGAGAGGGAAGCUGCUGACUGUUUUCUCUCUCUCCUGUAAGUGGCUUCCCACCUUGACCAGAACAUGUGGCUGAGCUGAUGGACACGAUCAGUGAAUCAGACCUUUACUCUCACUCACACAUCUCCUACAAUUUUUACUUCCACUGUCGUCCUCUCACUGUGUUACUUUCACUUUAAUUCAUCCUGAUCAGUUCGUCUUUCUCCACGUCUCUCCCCCUCACUCUCGCUUUGUGACUCAUCUUCAGUCUUCCUUGUGUAUUUAUUGGUCUGAUCCUCUCACUCCCCCUUCCUCUUUGUUGUCCUCUUUGGAUCAGAAACAUCUGUUCUGUCAUAAAUAUGACUACAUUUUGACCAAUCAGGAACAGAGUGAGACUCAGAGUCUGUGUUUUCCUUUUGAGCAACAAUGCUGUUUAGUCUAAGCAGCUGCUUUGUGUACAGACUGAUAUAACAUGUGCAUGUACAUGGUGAACAUAAACAGAAGUUUCUUUCUUUUAAAAUGGAAAUAAGAUUAGCUUUGUUUUUCUUAGUCCAGUUCUCCACUGGUUCAGCUGCAGGUUCCACCACCACCGUCUCUUUUAUGUCAAUUAUAAAAUCUUUUGUAAAUCAUGAAUUUACAAAGUGUUUUGAUGCAAAAGCAAAGGCAAUUAAAGGGAUAUCCCGGCAUGAAAUUAGGUUAGGGUCAAACACACCAUAACGAGUUAGACAACCCGAGAGAUAAAUGUUGCCGACCGCUUGCUUCUCUAGUUAUACCAUCUAGCUUUGCCUGAUUUCUUUAGCAAAGAGACCAAACACAGCUCACCCACUCUCCUCUAGCAGCCGCUUGUUUGUGGGGGGAGUCCUGACGAGUCAAUCACCGAGUGCAGCGGAUCAUUUCCACGAAGUAAUAAUCAUCAUAUCAGUCAUUUUGCACUGCAGACGCAUGAGUUCUUCUGCCUUAGCAUCUUGGUCUGAUUGUAUUUCCAUGAAGAAAUGGUCAGAAAUUUUCUUCCUUGGGCAACGAAACUCUGCUGCACUCGGUGAUCGACUUGUCAGGGCUCCCCCUCAAACACAACUUGGGUAAGUUGUGUUUAGUCUCUUUGCUAAAGAAAUCAGGCAAAGCUAAAAAGAUGUUUGGUGGCUAGUACUAUGGCUAGGACCCUAUUUGUACUGUUGAUGAAGUUAGGCACUAUUCUGAGCAUUAUUUGUAGCUAUAGUGUGGCUUUUUGAUUGAGGUUUGCACGUGGAGACGUAGACCGCUGUGUAUUGCUAUCGCGCGGUCGUUGCUAAUGUUUGUAUAACUAGAGAAACAAGCGGUCGGCAACAUUCGUCUUUCAAGAGGGUGUCUAACUUGGUGUUACGGUGUGUUUGACCCUAAAAUAAUUUUACGCUGGAAUAUCCCUUUAAAGCAGCAAGGCAUAAGGACUCAAACAUGUAAAAACAUAAACCAAAAUGUAAUCCACACAAUAUAAUAACCCAAUAGCCGAAACCUUUAACAACAGGAAAAUCCAAACGAGGUGUAAAAUGAUGUAUGCAACCGAAAAAUAAAUAAAUAAAAACAAUAAAAGCAGGACAAAAAUGCAAUUACAUAAAAGCAAAACAAUAAAAACCAUGAAGGCAACUUUCUGUGAAUCAAUGGCGACAAAAAACAUGAGGGUGUUAAGCGUAAAGCAACUAGUGGUGUAAUAAGAAAUAUGGUACAAAAGCAAAAAUGGGAUUACAAAUUCAGGUAAAAUGGCAAAUAAAAGCAGAUUUACAAACAAGAGUUUUAAGAAGUGAUUUAAAAGAUGUGACUCCGAGAGGUUGAUAAAAGUCAAGGAGUCCUGAUGGCAAAAGCAUGAUCUCCUUUAAAGCAACUGUGAGGGUCCCUAAACCCGAGGAUCUGAAGCAGGUUGACUCAUGAGGAGUGAACAGUUGAAAUAUUAACCUUUGAGCCGGACCCUGACAUGUUUUAAAAGUGAUCAGCAGAAUCUUAAAAGCAAUUCUGAAUCAAUUAGGAAGCUAAUGUUGAGAAGCUCGACCCGGGCUGAUGGGGUGGCUCUCUUAAAAUAAGUUAGAGACCAUCUGCUGCUUUCUGGUGAAGACUGUUUUACGAUGACUGCCAACAAGGAGCGAGUUGUGUUGUCCAGUCAGGAGAUGAUUCAUGUAUGGAUUACUUCCCAAGAUAUGAUGAGGAGGCAGUGGUUUAAAUCUUUGACGUCAAGCAUAAUUGGAAGAAACAGGGUUGCUCUUUUACGCAAUUUUGCAUAUCAUUGAAUUAAAUGUUGUGCAAUUGUAUAAAAUAGAGAUGAAAAACAAAAAUUGAGUAAAAGAACAAACAACACAAGUCUCCUACAUAGAAAAUCUACUGGAAGAACAAAAAAGGUGGUGCACUACACAUAUACACAUACAGUAAAUCACUGACAGUAAGCUCUGAUGAUCAUUACUCAUAUAAAUCUGAAACUGAUUAAUAAUAAUUCAGUGAUCUGAAGUUUUUUCAUUCGCUCCCUGGAUGCUGAAUGCUACAAGAGGACAUCUCAUGAAAGCUUACAGUAGCACCAAUAACACAUAGCGCACAAGUCUACACAGAAAAAUCUUUUAAAAAAUCAAACUCCACAUGUGUCCAGGUCCAGGUGUAUUUAAGUGCUUUACCACACUGCUUAGCCAAUUCUUAGGUCAAUGAAACAGGCUGAAAACAGGCCGUGUGUCUUUCCCUCUCUGUGUUUGAAAAACAGAUGCAGAAUGUAUCACAUCACUGGAGUGUUAUUCAGCUGUAUCUGGCUGUAAAGACAGACGGCUGCUCUCUGUAGCAGGUGAUGAGAAGCAGGAGUGUGUGUGUGUAUGUGCGCACAUGGUCUCUCCUCAGUGUGUAUGUUAGUGUGUGGCUCCUUGUGUAAGCUGAAUUUUCACAGAGCCUGCUGGGAGCUGCAGUUGCAGGUCCCCCUCUAACAAGCCGUAAAAAAGCUAUAACAUCACUGCUGUGGCUGAAAAAAAAGACACGUGCAGUGUGAUGUUCUUCACUUUUUCUUUGAUGAAUCGAAAAUAUCUGUCAUUUUUCUUUUAAUAAUAUGUUUGUUCAUAAUAUUAUUGCUGAGUAAUAAUGUUCAACACACAGUUGACAUUUGACAUUUGGAGCUGCAGUGGCUUGUCCCUCAAUGAUCGGAUCAACGUAAACGAUAAACAGUAAGACUCAAUGCUAAAGCUAGUUAUGUCUAACAGCGGGAGGUGAUGUGAUUGAGUUCUUAAACAGAUAAGAAACACAUGUCUGCAUCAGUUAGUGUGUGGGUGUGUGUGCGCAGACAUAAAUGUAUGAGUUGUAGAGCAUGUGUGUGGGUUGCAUGUGGAUGUUGUUAAAUGUUUGUAUUGAAUAUCAGUUCAUUUGAUACUUUUACGAGUGUAUAUCUGUGUGUGUUUGUGUGUGCGUGUGUGCAGGUGCACGUGGAUGAGAUCAUCCUUUUGGUGCCCAAGUGGGUACACAUAGUCCUAUUUCACUGAGUAGAACAACACUUGAAAAACUGUAAACAUAUGUGUGCGUGUACAUGUGAUAUGCAGUAUAUGUAUGACGGUUGAGUGUGUGUGCGUCUGUGAGUGUGUGUGUUCUGGUGAUGAAAUCCCCUCUUGCAGCAGUCUACUGUUCAUCAUCCAGGAGAUUUAAGUGAGGCACUGACAGCCCUGUCUUCAGCUCAGUCCUCAUCAUUAACACAGGGGAUAAAGUUAUUUUGUCUUAAUCUUAAACUGUUAAAAUGUUCGAUGAAAUCUCAGUUCUCGCCAAGCUGUGAUAAAUAGUGGACUUACACAAAAGGGCAACACAUUCGCAGUGAACACGAUCCUCUGAUAGAUUGUUUGCACUGCAUCUAGAAGUCCAGAGGGACAUCCUAUUCAAACUAUCACUCUUGUUUCUGCCUUUGGCGUUUUCUCCCUGUGUAUUUUGGACGGCGAUCAACAAACCCCCAGCUGUGGGAACGGUAACCUGUUCAUUUUUCUCACACUUGGAGUUGACACAGGAUUUUUUUUUUUUUUCUUUCCAGCAAAGCCUUUACCGCUCUGAGUUUUGCCGUUUCACUACACAGAGCAGCACUUAGCUCCUUUGUCUUCAUUUUCUCAGAGAAAACCUUUACGAGGCCUUUGAGUUACACUUCCUGUGUUUAAUGGAGCUUUAAUUGUCUUCGUAGAGCUGAAGACCACAGUCGGACUUCCCAAAAAGACUCCAGUCACCUUCCUCCAUCUUUUUCUGAUUAGUGCACACCUGAACAGCCCUUUUACCAAACCCCAAUGCAUUUUUGUUCUUUGUAAAAUCUGCUCUCGAUUAGCUCUUUGCAGCGCUUUUGUUGCUGCUCUGUCACUGUCAAUACCCCAACUACACAAAUCACAGACCCACUGAUAACAGACUGGAAACACAUUGUUGUUGCGUUGUUGUUUGAAGUAGACGAGCCUUGCAUGAUGCGAGGUUUGAUUGACGGUUUGAUUGAAUUUCCCUUCGGGGGUAAAUUCAGUUAUUCUUAUUUUUAUAAUGCGUAUCCAUGCAGGCACAAAGCUUUGUCUCAUGUAUCAACACAACAAGGAGAGUGUAGCAGCUGGAGAGUGACUACAGUUAUAAAUCUCUCAUUACCUUCAGGAUUUUUCAUCACUAUGGCAGUCCACAAGGCUAUUUAGAAGACUUGGAUGACCUUCUUAGUGUUAUCAGUCCAUUACUUCAAGCCUCAGUUUGAGUCUCCAGUGGAAUCUUUGGUAAAAUCGCACUCUUUUAAAGACAGACUCUUCCUGUCUGGCAGGAAAACCUAUCCACACACAUCAUUUAUGAGGGAUCUGUUGUGACCUCACUUCUUUGCUGCUUUCACUCUCCCUUAUCUUUCACUUACCCAAUCCACCAUUUAACCUUCACCCCUGUGCACUUAACUCUGCACUGGAUCAUCACUCACCAUCUAUCACUAUCCGCACAGAUCCAUCCACUGACACGUGUUUUAAAGCCAGCAACAUGCAAAAAACUAAAAUAUCAGAUCCACAGGUCACCUGGGUCUCCUGCAAAGUUGUGUUCAAAUGUAGAUGAUCCUGGAUGCUGUGUUCAAGUUCGCUAAUUGAAUCAUGCAGAUAAUCUAACAAAAUGUUGUCAUUUGACCUCUUCCCACUUUAUCAGCCAAUAAAAAGACAAUGAAAAGUGAAGCUUUUGGACAGAGAUCAAGCUCUGAUUCUGGGUGAAAAGCUAAUCGGCAGCAAAAGUUAGCAUUGAGCCAACAUUAAUGUUUGGCACCAAACACUUUUAGGAGGUUUUUGCUUCAUUGUAGAGGAUUUUAAACUCCCCAGAUGUUAGGGCUUUGCUAGCUUAAACAUCAUUAAUCUCUGUGGUGAAGCUAACUAGGACUGGAAGAUUAAUCAGUUCUGUUUGUGUUUAAUGUUUUCUGGAGCUUUUUAUCGUGAAAGUGGCUGUGAGAAACCUAAAAACAGAAUAAACCAGAUUAAAGUGGGUGUCAGAGGUGAAUGCAUACAACACAUGAGGUAAUAUAUCCCCUACAAAAACAAGAAAACUUUUAUCUUUUAUGCCAGCUAACAUGUAAACUUGCCACUUAAGCUUUAUGACAGGAUGGGGUUAUAUUUCUAGCUUUAAACAGAUUGUUACACUUUCAGAGUUAUAGUGUUACACAGACAAACAUAUAAGCAAUCAAUCAUUACUAUUAUCUAAUGACAUAGGCUUACGCCUGUGUCAGACUAUUCACCAACAAUGUUUGAGGCGGUCAGGUGCCAAUGUAAGCAGUUGCCUUACAGGGAUAUUCUGGCGUAAAAUUAAGUUAGGGUCAAACACAUCGUAACAGCGAGUUAGACACCUCAUCCAGAGAUGAAUGUUGCUGACUGCUUGCUUCUUUCAUUAUACCACCUUUAGUAAUGCGGUCUAAGGAGCCAGCACAAACCUGGUGUGCGCGUGGAGACUUAGACCGCUGUGUAUUGUUAUCGUGCUUUUGUAACUAAAGUUGGUAUAACUUGAGAAGCAAGCAGUCGGCAACAUUCAUCUCUUGAGGGGGUGUCAAACUCAGUAUUACGGUGUGUUUGACCCUAACUUAAUUUUACGCCAAAAUAUCCCUUUAAGGUGUAACCUAUUGGUUAUCAAGUAUGUUAUUUUUGCUUUCUUUGAUUUGUGUUUGACCCUUCAGACUCAAGAAACUCGGUAAUAUCUGGUGACUUGUUCUAUACUUAUAAAAACCCUCCAAAUGAGUUAUUCUCGUAAUUGCACAUAUGUAAAACACAAGUUACCGUGUCUGGUGGUUGAAAGAGAAGCCGACUUUCUAUCUUUUACCCAUCCCACAGUUUCAAUAUGAAACCACCAAGCUGACUAAAGGGUUUUUAUGGCGCUGAUUGAAUUUGAAGUUUUCAGACAUCACCUGUCAUGUGACUUUUUAUCUUCUACAGUGAUAGAGAGUAAUGAAAUAAUGAAUAUUGUAUGAUUCCUAUUAUUUUGAAGAUUUACAAACCAGCAGCAGUUUUAGAUUAUAACAGUUAUUCAGACCCCCACCCAGAGCGUGAUGUCAGACAAAAAAAUUUCUGCUUUGUGAAUACGAUCAUUUCAAGCAUCCAAGAAAAGUGUUACUUUUGACAGCUUCUCUCUGUCUCACACACAUAUACACACACGUGCACACACACACAAAUGUUAUUCCUUUUACCCGUCCACAGCUGGGUUUUCAUACAGUCAUUUCAAUGCCAAAAAUCAUGCAGUGAAUGAUUAUGGAAGCACAGGGGAGGUAAAUAGCGCGAUAAAGAAAAGUUUUACAAUGUGGGCAGGAGACAUAAACAUCUGAUAUCAGAGAGUAAAUCAAAGUCUGUUUGGCACAAAACAUCACGCAGACAUAAAAAUGCCAUUAGCAAAAAUGUUUGACUGAAAGAAAUAUGUUUAUCAGACAUGUAAGGACAGCAGCAGUAAGUCAGAAAGACCUUGAUUCACUCCAGGCAAGAUGAUGGGAACUUUGGGGGGGAUUACAGUAGAUUUUUGGCAACAUUCAUGGUAUGAACUCAGUUUUUCUGCACAGAAAUGUAAUCAGGUACAAAGCAUGCCUGUGAAACCAUCUGAACGUGUUCCCCAAAUUUUGUUUGCAUACAGGUUAAGAAGAACCAGACUGUCAUUUGCCUUUAAACCUUUACAGAACAGAUUUUGUGCGUAAGCAGUGACACAUACUGAGAAAGUCAUUGUAUUUUUGUUUAGUGUUGAAAACAAAUAAUAUAUAAGCCACAACAAACAAAUUACCACAGAAAUGUUCCAGUCUCUAAAUGGCAGAGCACAAACAAACCCAUCUGUUUUUGACCUCAGCAGUGAUGAGCCAAUUUCAAAUUCUGGCAUAAUGUGUGUAAAUGAAUCACUCGUCUAUGCAUCAUUAUGAUCUGGUCAGUGUUUUCUGGGAUAUUAUGCACGUAAGAGCACUGUAGGGUAAUUUACAAAUGUCACAAAGAGGUGGGGAGAUACUGCAUCAUUCUUAAAAACUAGGUCUGUGGUUUUUGCUGUAUUGUUCUAAUCAAACAGUGAAUAACAGGCAGCAGAGGGAUUUGGUCCUUUUUAAUAAUCAGAUGUUUUAUGAAACAGCUCACAGCUGCUGAGUAAUUUGGACCAACAUAAAAAAAAAACUCUCAGAAAAUGUGGGAUAACGCUCGCCAAAAGUGAAAGGAAGCCCACAGAAACACAUUUUUAUGUCUUAAAAGUAUGACGUUACUGGGUCUAGUAUGUCGGUACAUAUACAGUACCUCUAAAAUAUCUGUAUCUGGCAGGUAGAAGGCUUUGAGUAGAUGAAACGUUAAUUGACUGCGUGAAGCACAAAGAGUACUCAGUGGUGGGAACAUUUUAAAGGGAUAUUCUGGCGUAAAAUUAAGUUAGGGUCAAACAAACCAUAACACCAUGUUGGACACCCCGUCAAGAGAUGGGGUGCCGACCGCUUGCUUUUCUAGUUAUACAAACUUUAACCACACUAUAGCAAUACACAGUGGUCUCAGGAGCCAGGCGCACAACUCAACCAAAAAGCUAAUUGCAGCCACAAAUAAUGCUCAGAACAGCACCUAACUUCAUCAACAGUACAUAGAGGGUCCUAGCCAUAGCACCAGCCAUCAAACAUUCAUGGAAAUGCAAUUAGACCGAGACACUAAUGCAGAAGAACUACCGCGUCUGCAGUGCAAAAUGAUAAAUACGAUGAUUAUUACUUUAAGAAAUGACAAAGUAAUAAUCAUAAAUGUUCUUCCUUGAGCUGCAUCACCCCGCUGCAGUGGGUGAUAGACUUGUCCGAGGUCUCCAUACAAACAAGCAGCUGCUGGAGGAGAGUGGUUGAGUUGUGUUUAGUCUCUUUGCUAAAGAAAUAAAGAUGUAAAAAGAUGUUUGAUGGCUAGUGCUGUGGCUGGGACCCUAUAUGUACUUUUGAUGAAGUUAGGUGCUGUUCUGAGCAUUAUUUGUGACUGUAGAGUGGCUUUUUGGUUGAGGUCUGUUUAUGGCUCCUGAGACCGCUGUGUAUUGCUAUCGUGCUUUCGUUACUAAGGUGGUAUAAGUAGAGAGGCAAGCGAUCGGUAACAUUCAUCUCUUGACAGGGUGUCUAACUCAGUGUUAAGGUGUGUUUGACCCUAAUUUUUUGCCUCCCUCUAAGAAAUGUUUACCCAUCCUCUUAAUGCUUUUGUGGGGGGCUCUUGUUUAUGAUAUUUUAAUGUCCUCUGCCUGUACAUGACCAAAUGGUAUGAAAAUGGUCAUCCUGCUGUCUUUAACUGCCAAACAUGUAACUCACUAUAAGUUAAAUAAACUUGUUUUGAUGCUAACCGGUAAGACUGUACCUGUAACAGUUGAAACUGUGUUUGUGCUGACGUCAAUAGCAUCCUUUUUUUAUUCCAUGAAUUCAUGAAGAAUCCAUCCAAACAUAUUUAUGUCCAAGAUAACUAUGUGUAUUUAAUUAUGAUUUAUGAUAUUGCUUUCUCAUAAUUGGCAUCAGUUGAAAAGAGAAAUUGGCCCACCGAGUGUCCAUACCCACUGAAAAAGCUAUUGAAGUAUUUGGAUACUUAAAAACUUUGAAAGAAGCAAAGAAGUAAGAGUAAUGAUGAUAAAUAACUAAGUGUAAGUUUUCCAAAACUUGUGCCAAGCACUAAAUCCUCAGCACUUUUUAACUAAAUGAACAAAAGCAGUUUGGCGUCUGUGGAUGAAAGAGUGCAGGGCUUGUAUAGCAGCUGUAAAAAGACUCACAAAAUGUUCAUUAAGUCAGUCAGUAAGCUGCGGUGUGUGUCUGUUCAAACCAAAGAAUUCUUCCAGCCCUGUACUGAGAGGUUAAAGGCUGUUUUUAAAGAGGGGGCGGGAUGGGAGAAAUGAUGGGAAGAUGAGGCGAAAGGGGAAAGAGGUGAGGCAUAACAGAGGGGGGAGAGGAAGAGGAGGAGUGCAGGUCAGCUUCUAGUCUGGUGGAAGUGGUUCAGACCUCCUGUGCUCCCUGUCAAAGCUUCCUCUGUUAGACCACGGUCCUGAUGUUUCCCCUGAGGCCUGGGUCCUGGAAGUGGGCUGGUAGAGCAAAUAAACAGAGAGGAGGUGCUCACGCUCGCCACACUAACACCUUCACAUGUGUAAACUCACACAGGUUUCAAAAGAAUACACACGCACACGAUUACACAACAACUCCUAAAGAGCGGUGCAUGCCGGUGUGUGUAACACCUUCACACCUCAUGGAGGGAGCUGAUGCUGAGGCUGAUUUUCUUUAAACUGGAGAUGAAGCUUCUAUGAACGUGGGAACAUUUUGGUUUAGGACAGUUUUACUCUUAAAUAUCACUCUUAUGUUUUUCUGUUCUAUGAGAAAAACAGGUGGAAGAAAACUAACCAGUUCAGCCUUGGUAUAAAGUAGUGAAAAUGUGCUUUCACAAGCGACUUACAACACUAACAAUUUUUUUUUUUAACAAAACACCUUAUAAAACAAAUCUUAAACUUUACUAGUUAGAAUAAAAAGCCGAAAAAAAGUGACACCAGCAUAAAACGCCUCCAGAAAUAAAUGACCCAUAAUCCCAAAAGAAUAAGUUCUCCAAUAAAAGUGUUUUAUUCCUCAUCUCAUCGUGUUAAAUGUGUUUUAGCCUAAUCCAUCAUUGUGCGCAACACAACCUGCCAAGUUUUUGAACUGCAUGUGACUGCGAGCAAAUAAAUCAAUUACAGCACGGUUGAUGAAUACAGCAUGCUGUAAUUGUAACAUGUCUGAGCCACAUCAGUAAGAGGCAUCCAUCAAAAUGACAGCACGUACACACACACAUAUACACACACAUGGCUGCUCUCUUGUCCUGGCGUGUCAAGAGGCCGUUGACCUCCACUGAGCCCCACUUCCUGUUUCUCCCGCCACGGUCCCAAGAGGGAAAGUCUAAGCUGACAACAACCUCCAUCGCUGUCUUUACACCUCCUCCUCCUCCACCUCCUGAUAACAUCCUCCUCCCUUAUUUCUCACUCAUGACAUUUCCUCCUUCAUCAUCUCAACAACUCCCACAUCUCUGCAGUCUGAGGAGAUACACGGGAGGUGUGAUUUAUUUCAGAAGACGCCAGAAAAGAGGAGGACUAAGCCUUUUCUAAUCUCCCUCACAUGGAGAAACUCGACCUCCAAACACGCAGAACAACACUCUGUAAUGUCAGUGGAGCUUACCACGCACAAUGACAGUGUGGCUCAAGGAAAGCAUCAUCAUCCAUACUGUGCCCUGCUCCCAGGACCCCUGGACUGUCUAGGAUGGGGACCUGGCAAGGUAAUGGAGUUUUCUUGGGGUGCUGUAAUGAAUACCCCGUCCUUGUAACACUUCCUUGCCUGUAAAUGUAGAAAUAAAUCACAGAAGCCAAAACACCAGGCAUCCCCUCUUUGGAAGGAGACUCACUGCUAAAGUACAUCAUCUUCAGUGUAAAGUGAUCCAGGCUCGGACCUGCCUCUUGAUCCUGUCUUGGUGUUUCUCCCCCUGUUCCUGAGCUGACUUUGGCAGUAGACCGCACCCCUCCCUGCUGAGGCCACCACUGGCACGAGGUGCUAAAAAGCUGGUUCUAAGAAACUGGGUCAACAGGGUGUGAGUUUGUGAUAAAUAUUUGUUCGGACAUGCUUAAAUUGCACAUAAAAGUCAUCAGCUUUUAUCAAAGGUUUAGAUUUGAAUGGUCUUAAAGUGCUGUCUAUUCAGUAAUUAUUACACAGCAAUUUCCCUUAGGGCAGAUAAGAUCUUUGGCUAAAAUAUCAUGAAUAUAAAAAUGUGUAAAACUGCAGUUAUGCCAAUAAAUUCACAGAGUGAAGCGAUUAAGUUACAGAAGCAAAUUGUCUGCAGCUCAUCACGAGGCCUUCAUGGUGUAUUUAGUCAAUUAUUUUUAUGCGAUCCGCUCACUCUUUCAUUUUUAUGUUUGCUUUAGGAAAAAAAAAAAAACUCUCUAAAUGUGCCAUCAAAGAUUAGCUCAGUUUUCAAGAACACUCUCUGGGCUUGAUCCCAAUAACCCGCCAGGUUUUUUAGGCUAGUUUAGCAGUGAAAAAAGUGGGUGUUCAUCACAGAUGGUGCCAAAUCAUUUAUUUAACAUGACUCAUGUUUGAGCAAGUAUUACAGUUGAGUUUGUGUUUUCAUGAGGUAAAACUAGCACAUAUAAGCUAUCAGGGUUUUGUCUUAGUAUAUUAUCUGUUCAACACCUGCACAUGAAAAAUUAGCUGUGGUCUGUUUACUCUUUGUCCUGCUCAAAACCACACAGACCAUUUCAAACCAUUAUCAAGUCAUUCAGUCAUUAUUGGCAUUGUUAUUGAGUACACAUCUGAUUUUAAACUGUAUCUUAUUUCCCAGAAAAAGAAUUUGUUUUGGAAAGAUAGAAACCAUACAACACUUCUCAAACCAGAUUCAGAGUAUUGAUCAGUCUGGUAUGAAAUGUGCAAAUGUAUCAAGAACUCUCAGACAGUGUCCUACUCUCUGAGAUUUUCUCUUUAGAAUAAAAUGUACUGAUUGUGAUUUAUACACAAUCAUACUUAUGUUAUUAGACUAUAUGACUUAUCAUUUUGUGGUGGUGAAUCAGAAAGUAUUUUUUUCUUCUAAAUGCCCAUGUCAACAAAUUUUCAACUUAGUUCACUUUUCUGCUCCCCUCAGGUACCUGCUUGCAGUUUUAUUACACCUGCAUUAUACUAAUGCAUUUGUCUCGCAGAGAUGUCCUUCCUCAAGCUGUGGUGAUUUUAACAGACUGUCAAUCUAUCUUAGGACUCCUAUUUCCCAUCAUCUUAAGACUGAACGAUGUGAGUGGUUGAAAUAUGUCCCACACAGACAAUCUCCUGCAGCGUGUUACUUGUGUGGAAGGAGACCUGGAGACAAAAUCCAGAUCUGCUUGUCUGGAUAAAGAGUUGAAAUCUAAAAACAGCUUUUUUCCCAUCUACCUCUUAUUUCCACCGAAUCUUUUGGCUGCUUGCUUCAGAUCCUCUGCAGGCCAAUCAAGCUGAAUAGGGUUCAGUUCGAGUUAUGUAAUGUCCAUUUUUUAAAUUUAUUGCACUUCGGGUACACAGCCUGUCAAACACAGCGGCUAGCAGUCACAGUUAAUGUUAUCCACACUGACAGUGUCAAGGAAAGCCAAGAAAGGCCGUCCAAAUCCUCUCCAAAUCUUUCUAUCAUACCUGUUUACCUAAAGCAGAGCCACUCAGCUGUGACAUGUGUGCAAAUUGCUUCUGAUUACAACAUUGUUGAAAUUCAAUCCAGGCCUCUAAAACCCAGAGGAGCCUUACUGUAGCUAAAUGUAUGUAAAGCAGAGAUACAAUCUAUAAUAAGCUGAGCCGUAACCUCACAUAAAGUGACCACAGGGACAAACUCAGAUCAGAUAAACUGCAGACUGCGCAACACCUGCUUCAUAGCUCAGGUUUGUUCAAGGUUUUCUUUUCAGUACAAUAAAUGUGAAGUACUAAAGAGUCGCAGUUUAUUUUGGAAAUAAUCCACCAAACACUCAAUUUUGUUUGGUUUAGUUGAACCUGUUUUUAAAUCUGGCAGUAUAAUCUGUUGACAAAACCCUUUAAAUUGUAGAAUAUGGGCUAAUUUAUGAGCAACAUUUACAGGAAUUAUAUGUAAAUAGUUUUGUAAUUAAACCUCAGUCCCUCCAAGUGUACAUGAGUACAAACAUCUCUCCAUUUAGGGUUGGUUUUUUAGCUUUGAAAGUUUUACUAAAAGGAGGGAAACUACAAGCUCCUCAGCUCGACCUCUUAAAUAUCUGUGAACAUGGCUUUAAUACUGACCACAUUUUCAGACCAGCCAGUGUUGUAUUACUCUGAGUUUCUCACAUUGUACCAAAUGAAAUGAAAACAGGCACACUUACUGGUACUCCUCAUUUUUGUUGGGUCCAGUAAAGUCAGCCCCUCAGCACACUGAAGUUAAUUACCCACAGAAGUUAAUUAUUACCUCCCUGAAAGGUAUUAAGCUUGCUAGAUACUGUUUCCAUCGUGUUGUCUCACUGCUGAGCUCCUUUACACCAAACAGGAGGUGAGCUGGUUGACUAAUCAUGCACUUCGACCAAGGUCAGAUCAAGAAGGGUGGCAUGGGAAGCCUUGAAACCUGUCUGUCCCCAAAUCUGCCAGCAAACCCUAAACUAUCAAUGGCUAUUUAUCUCAGCAACAAGCUGCACUUUUCCCUCUUAAAUAAUUAAACAUCAUCUUUUAACAUCUUUGUAAUUCAACACAAGUAUUUAAAUUAGAUAUGACUGAUGAGGACAGUCAAUCUAACUUUCUAUCAGUCAUUCACAAUCCUGUUACCCAGUGUGUAUUCUUUCAACCAACAACUGCUUUCUAACUCAUGUUUCCUUUAAAUUGGACUCCUGAAUUAUUUGCAUCCCUGCCCUUGCUUUUGCCUGUGCACUGUUGUACAUUGAUACUUCAUUGACCCACUGUAGCUCAAUAGCAUUUCAUAGAUUGCACUUUGCAUGACAGAUAGGACCCAAGUCCAGGACUCGAUUCUGACUAUAUGCUCAGGUUUUUAUGACUUGUGACCCAACUUGGACUCAGGCAGGAAUGAUUUAGACACUGCAUUUAAACUCAAAAGAUGUACACAAAGACUUCACUUAUUGGUCAAUACUGUUUUAUAGUUUUGAUCAGUUUGUCCUUUUUGCCUCUCAAGUGAAGGUUAUCACCGUAGACUGUAUAUAGAAUGGACGCCAUCUGCCUCCUCGCUGGGUGAAGCCACCGCGAGAACAGCACCCUCAGGUGACGGGCUGCAGUAUAGGUCAUAAAUCCCGCCUCCUCCAGCAAUCCCAAUGGAGCUGUAGACAAACUUGAGAAAUUUAUCACACAGAACAUAAAUUUUCCUCCCCCCUGGUUGCGAUAUUGGCUUGUAGUUAUUGUAAGACUGGUUUGUGCUCAAGUCCUCUUUUUUUUGUACAGCUCCAUUUUUUAAAAGUUAUUAGGGGUGUACAAAGUUUACUUAGCUCACCUGAAGGAUAUGCUGUUUGAGCAGAGCGACUCUCAUCACAGCGACUCUCCCAUUGAAUGCGUACAAUGCUAUUGCGCGAGUUGUGGUUCCAGGGAGUGGAGAAAAUCCUGGAAAUACAGAGAGCAAUUCAGCUUCAAAUUUGUAUCAUGACAGAAGGCUAAGCCAAGUUGUUCGUAGUAUAUACAGUCUAUGGUUGUCAACUGCAUGUAGAUUUAUUUGCUGUCUUGAUCGGUACCAGCCUGAGGAUGCCUGAAGAGGCAUCAUAAAAUGUGCAUUUUGUAAAGAUUUUUAACAAAAGCAAGCAGGUGCAGCAGAACAUGUUUGAGAGAAAAAUGGAUCAGAGAGCAGAAAAAGUAAAAAGGCUUUGACAAGAACUAGACUCAUAAUCUCCUCUCAUCACUCAGACUUUGACUUGACCACCAGGGACCAGAGACUUGCAUGAUCCUGAGGUUUGGUGCUUGUUGGCGUUGAAUGAUAAUAGUUGUUUGACGGGCAUGCACAAAACAAAAAUGGAGGCUCAGUGAUCUAAAAAAUAUGAAGCUCUCUGUGUACAAGGAAUCAACAUCAGACAUCCAUGAUGUUCAGCAUUCUUCUGGAGAACAUCUGCUUUAUUAUUUGAUUUAUGUGUUAUUCUGAUGUGGUUAAAAAGUCUGUGAACUACAAAAAAAGUUUGAAACAUAACAUUUGUUUUUCUGUGUUAACACCCACAGUACCCACUGUGGCUGCGGCCUCAAGCUCAUGGCUCUCUUCACAAGGCAGACCAAGCAUAAAUGGGAAGAGCAAGUUAAUGGUGCAGAAAACUAGCUCUAGCACUCCUUUUUCUUGACCUUGUGUCUCCAACUUUAGAAAAACAGCUGUUGCCUUGUUUACACUGCAAACACUGGAGAUAGCGAGCGCUUCUGUCUGCAGCAUUUCUUCAGGGAAUAAGAGUCCUGAUGAGAUGAUGAGGUGUUUUGGUUGCUUGCAUCCAUUUUUGGAAACCAAGAACGUUUCUGAUAAAGAGGGAAAAGAUUAGAAAACGCAGGAAAAUGUGUGGAAGCAAUUGUAGAAAAACUCACAGCCAUGUCUUCUUAUUUAAUGCUGGAGUUUAAGUGUGGCUGUUAUAGGCUUUAAAAUAAUCCCUCUGGCCUUGGCACAUCUUGAAGGGUCAGAAACAUAUUCCUGUGUAUGAAAGGAAGAUGGAAAAGGCAGACACCUCAUCAGGUUUCAUGUACAGAGGGCAGCAGCAGGCCAACAACAUGUCAGCCCAAAGAGAAGAGAGACAGAGACGGAGAUUAUGUCAACAUCUAGUAAGGCAAAGGAGAGGCCCACAGACUGGCUCCAAUAUAUCGACAUGUUUCAAAUCACAGGCUGGAUGCAGAUCCAGUGGAGGAAAGUGCACACAGAGGACAUGAAAAAGGAGAGAGGAGGAAAGGGAGCUUGCUAGCAUCAUGGAUCGCUUUGGCUAAUAAACCCUGACUGACAUUAAAGGGCUGUACCCAAUUACUGGAUGGUAUCCUAGCCCUCACACAGACUCACACACACACACACACACACAUAUACAUACACAAAUGUGUUCCCAUGGACGCGAACACACACACACUCUUUGAGUUCAGAUGGAUGAGUAAAACAACUGUUCCUCAUUUUUUCUAAAACUACAUCAGCUUUUAUUCUAAUCGGUGAAUUAACUUUCAAACACACACACACACACACACACACACACACACACACACACACACACACACACACACACACACACACACGAAUGAGAUUCUUCUGUGUGUGAUGGUGUGUGUGUUUUAGAGGCUGUGUCAUGCUGACCGAGGCUUGCUGCCCGUUUCUAAAAUACUUUCACAUCCCAAAACAAAAACAUACGGGUCACCUCUCCCUCCACCCCCAUCUGCUCAUCCAGACACCCCCCGCCUCCCUCUUCUGUCCAUCACGAGCACCCAGGGGAGAGCUGCUGCAUUUCUGACUGACAGAGAUCUGUAGGUGUUUAUAGAUGUGGAUUUAUAAGUGCUGUGCGUUCUAGUGAGAUCUAUUGGCCCUCAUUAUGUUUUUGUUCUAUGUUUAGACUAUUGGGAAAGUUUCUAACAGUGUGAGUGUAACAGGUCCAAGAAUGAUGCAAAACUCACUCUCUGGUGCAACAUACGUCAUUUGUUGAGAAAUCUGCUCAAAACAGAUAACACUUCAGAUCAGCAGGGCCCUCUCUUCAGUGCAUACUUGAACUCACACACACUACAUACUAAAGACAUGUGCUACUGGUGUUUACUACUGAUGUCUCAUGCAUAGAGCGUCCUCUGCAGACCAGAAUAAUAUAAUCAUAUGCAGAUAGAAUACGGUUAAGUGACAGAGUUAAGCAUAUUUGAAACCUUCUGAGAUAUUACUGAAAUAUUAUAGACUUAACAGUUGUACAAAAGAACCCUUUGCACAGGCUCCUGUAUUAUUACACAGUUUGAUUACUACAGCCCCCUACUGGCAGGCCUCCAUGCAUGCACGCAAAUCCCUGUAGAUGAUCCUGAACCCAACAACCUGUCAAACCAAAACAACACAUGUUACUCUUGCAUCAAAUUUAAAACUGUUUUUACCUUUAAGAAAACGCUCUCAGCUGUUUUAUGAACACUGCUGUACUCCAUGACACUUAUAUGCUGAAGACAGUGAUAAUGGCGAUGUUUAUGAUGAGGAUGUUGAUAAUUAUUGACAUAUUUGUGAUGUAUUAAUGUUGAUAACCCCAAUGGUAAAUCAAAAUGAAAAUACUGCUUCUUAAAACCCUGUGCGUUGACUCUGCAGAGUCCUUUUCAACCUUUAUUUUCAGCACAUGGUCAUGUUGUUCCCCCCUGUUGCUCCAACUUGAAGACAUACUUCACUUUGGACAAAAGCAACCGCUAACUCCAAUCGUAGGAUGACACAUGAUGGAGCAGCUGGUCAGGCUUCGGCAUCUUGAGGCCUCUCUAUGUUAGUGUUUUCAUGUGCUUUAUUUGCACAGGACUAACUUGGUCUUCUACCUAUCAUACAAUGUAAAAACUCUUCUCAAAACUAGCUCCUUAAUUGUACAUUGUAUUGAUCAUGCUGCCUGUUCAGAAAUUAAAAACCAGCUUUGACAACCAGCAUCCCAUCCACUGUCUUGUGAGGUUCGGUUCCUCUGAGGGAUUCAGGGCACCUCUUUCUAGGAAUUAGUCCACAUGGUGUGCAAUGAGCGCUGACAGAGUGUUGAUUUAAACUUAACAACAUAGUCUGCAUAGUUCUUAACUGGGAAGAGACAAAGGGGGGUGAAACUAAAACACACAGAUGUCAAUUCACAAAGGGCAUAGAUUAUCACAAUGCAAGGAACCCUUUCAUUUCGGAGUCCUGUUAGAGAUGAUGCCCCUUUGUGCUGCUUCACUGAGCUGCUAGAUGAAAUCCCGGGCUAGCUGAAAGACACAUCUAAGUACUGCCUGACCCUGACGAAAUCAUGAAAUUAUAAAAUCAUAUAAUCGUAAAAUCAAAAAAUCGGUCUUUACAUGAAGGCUUUCCUCUAAUUUCAGGUCAGUCAACAUAAAGUCUGUUUUUGAGCAGAUGUUAAGGUUUAGUUAUCAAUCAAGAGCUCCACAGUCUGAGAUUUUUGUGAAAUAGUGUCUGUCAGAUCAGAAUCAGGUCCAUAAGAAUCUCUCAGUAAAAUACUCUUUAGAGGCUCUCAUGCAAAGGCUCAAACGUGUGGUCUUCCCCUUGCUGACGGUCUUACAUCUGCAGAGCAUCAGUCCACUGUAGAUGACUGAUUGAUGGAUUGACUGACCGACUGAAUAAGUGACAAUGUUCGUCUCAGCUUCCACACUCCUGUCUCCACCUCGGCUCCGUGCUCGGCCUCAUCCAUCCCUCUCAACACCCUCAGCAACGGGCCGCAGAUUAAAGCUGCUCUCAUCUGGAUCUCAUCAGUUCAGGCCGGCUUCGCUCUUUUAUAGGUUAUUUUUUAUUCAGGAGGAGGAGGGGGCAUCUCAGAGUGAUUUAGGGUUACACUGCAUGGAGGCUGGAGGAGAAUAACAGCAACUUGUUGCAUUGAGAGGGAAGCGAAGUGACACUAUGAAGUUUGUGGAUCAGGAGGGUUGUCUUCCUUGUGGAGUGUGUGAUUGUGUGUAUGUGUGUGUGUGUGUGUGUGUGUGUGUGUGAUGUGUGUCACGUGGCUGAGCUUCUCUUUCUGAGACGUUUCCUCUCUGUUUUUCCAACUGUAAUGUGUGUAACAUGUGCUGGAUUACUGCAGGAUGCCUGGACAAGUGUCACUGCCAAAUGCUGUAAAUCCUAUUUUGGAGACAUUUCCCAAUAAUCAUUGCACAAUACUGUGUUGCAAAAACACUACACUACACACUAACUGUUACAUCAGAAAAGAGAAGAGGUUCAUUGGAAAAUACUGGAGUGGAAAUGACUGUCGACUGACUAACUGAAUCAGACCCAAUUAAACUUUAGAGUCAGUUUUGUAUCCUGCUAAAAUGAUGUUGUUCUAACACAGUCAGAGUCAAUAUAAUUGUGUUGUUAGUGUUGUUGCUCCUUUUCUUCAAGCUCAGUUUGAAACAGCUGAUUAUGAAUGUUUGUUUCUCUCUGUUAUCAAUCACACUAUGUUGAGGACAACCGAAAAAUUAAGUGUGGGUCAUUUUUGUCUGAGUUAUAAGAUUAAGGAAAGAAUUUUAAGUAAAGGUCAGAAUACUGUCUUGAUCUCAGAUUUCUGACUUUAAUCUCUGAAUCUUAAUUUAUAAAAAUUCUGACUUUUCCUCAGAAUUUUAAAUCAGGUUUCAUAAUUUUAAUUGGAAUAUAAGACUCUGCCUGAGAUUUUUACUUAAUUUUGAAUAAAGUCAGAAUUAUUAGAUCUAAAUUUUAGAUUUCUGGAUUUAAAUAAAUAUUCCCCAGAAAUCUGAGAUGUAAGUCAAAAUUCAGAGUAAGCAGGUCUCAGAAUCCUAAGAUUAAAGGCUGAAAGCCAAUCAGUAGACCCCCCCCACCACCACCACCACCACCACUCUCAUUAUCUGUUGAGUGUGCUUACUAAUUUGUAUACUUGAUCAGUGUGGGGGUAUAGCUCAGCGGUAGAGCAUUUGACUGCAGAUCAAGAGGUCCCCAGUUCAAAUCUGGGUGCCCCCUUCACUUAUGUUGAGCAUUAGUUUGCGGUCAUGCAAAUCAAAGACCCCUGACCCUUGUAUUUGCUCAAGUGAAUAACAUGGAAAGUCAAUGGCAAGAGUAAAACAUGUGUACAACUGGGGUGGCAAGAAUGAUGACAAUUGUAUAAAUCGUGUGCAAUAUGGAUGAUGCAAAUUCACAUUGUGUCCAACACUACUCUCUUUAAAUGCCUAUUUAUGUUGAGAAUAUGUCAACUCUAGUGAAUGUUCCUGUCGUGAUUACCAAUCAGAAUGGAGAUACCCUGAUGACACAUGUCAACAACAAAACGGCAGAGAUUCACUCAUGAGGAAAAUAGAGUAUUAACUGAUCGAGACAGAAUUGGACCAGCUGGAGGAUAAAACUUGUCUGCAGCUCUCAGACAGGAGACAGUUGUUAAAAAUCAACAGAUCAACCUCUGCCAUGUUUGAUGUAAACACUAACUACCAUGUGUAAUGUGUGGGGGUAUAGCUCAGUGGUAGAGCAUUUGACUGCAGAUCAAGAGGUCCCCAGUUCAACUCUGGGUGCCCCCUGCAUUCAUAUUUGUGUUCAUGCAAAUCAAAUCAGAUGACGUGAUGAGCAUGAAUUGGCAAACUAUUUGCACAAAUUCAAGCGACUAUAAAUGAUGUGAAUCCAACACACUUCUUGCUUCAAAUGCGUUCAAAUUUGUAGGAGUUGAAAAUUAUGAGAGCUGUCCUUUCCAAUAAGAGCAAAAAAGGCCAAAUUUAUAACUUCAAAAAAUAAGAAUUGCUAUGUCUGAUGUGUAAAUUUCCCUGUGCUAUACAAUUGUGCGGCUGUUGAAUGACCAAGUUAGACUAAAUGUCCUUCUUGCAGAUGAAUGCAUAAUACCAUCAGAAUUGUAUGUUUUUCUCAUCAUGUGUGAUUACCUGAAAACCUUGAAGUGUAAUCUCAGAUCUUUGACUCUUUCAGACACUUCUCUGAUCGCUUGAGGGGAUACUUUACAAAAAAUGUUUAGGGUGUGAUCCCCAAUGUUUCCUCUCCAUUUACAGUGUGGAUGUGCGACAGCAUUAUGAACUUGUUUACCUGUAGAUCAUUUCAGAUUGAAGUCCGAAACAGUUCAGGGUCUGAAAUGUUUCUCUCUUAAUCCUGGGUGAGGCCUCUUUGACAAUCAUGACUCAGUCUCCAAAGAGUGUGUUAUCAACCUUCUGAAAUCAUGUUUGACGAGAAAGUUAAUUAGCUCUCCUUAUUUCACUGUGUAUGCUGACAAAUAAAACCCUUUGUUUUGUUUUGUUUUUUUCCAGGAGGAAAUGCUGUGACGGGUUCAGGUUUGUGAUGGGCCAGUGCAUACCUGAAAGUAGGUAAACCAUUUAAACUAUCCUCCUUGUCUGAACCCUGUAAUCUGAUUCACAUGCUGACACUGUUUCCUCUCCAAAGCAGGUUUUAGAUUCAAACAGGCUGCAAAAAAAAAAAAAAAAAGUCCAGAAAUCACAUUCAUCUGAUUGCAAAAUUUGAUGUUUAUGGACUGUGAUCAGUUUGGAUUUCAUUAUGAUUAAGAGGUUUUUUUAUUUUCAUUUUAUUUUUUCUUAAAUGAAACUAACACAUUGCAGCAGACUGGGACAAACAACAUACCAACCAGAGGGACACCACCCACAGUUCUGGCAAAGACAGCAACCAAUUUUUGUUUUUGUCGUCAUGAGUAUAAAAAUAUCUGAUAAUUGUGAAAAUUAUACUUACAUAAUCAUAAUCAUAAACACUGGGGGAAAGUUUUGACAAACAGGUUUAGUUGGGAGUUUGCUUCAUCUGUAUAGAAACAGUGUUUCACUGUAGCCACUAGAGGGCACUGUUUUUCUUUAAAAUAACAGCUGUUUAAGACUGAAUAUCACUGUCAGUUUUAUUUACUGAAACUACUAUUUACCAUGAUUAUUUCUGCUAAGAUGCUAAAUCUUUUCAUAAAGGAAUCCUGGCCAAGAAAGCUACAAAAAAGAUUCACACACUGAAAGAGAUAAACAAACACAAAGUGUCCAAAACUUGUGGGGAUUAUUGCAGUAUUGCACUAGUCACAUUUUUCGGUUGCAGAUGUGAAACUCUCAUAGGUAAAAAAUGUGGUAUCAGGACCCUGGUGGAUAACAGGAACACUUGGAGUCAUCUUGAACUCCUCUAACAUUCUUCUCAUUUUUGAUGCUCUUUCUGUAGGCGUGGAUGUUUGUGAGGCGUCUCCCUGUGAGCAGCAGUGCACUGAUAACUUUGGACGGGUCGUCUGCACGUGUUACCCCGGCUAUCGCUUUGACCGGGAGAGACACCGUACCCACAAAUCUCCAUACUGUCUGGGUCAGUUCACUCCCCUCUCCUUCCACAGUUACAAUACUCCACAUUUUCACAUCUUUUUCUGUAGGUUAAGAUUUGAUCCUACCACAGUCCUUUUUUUGUAGCAGUGACCCAUGUGCAUGUUAAAAUUAAAUCAUCAUGGCAUUUAAACAGCUCUAACAUGUUUAUGCUUAUUUUCUUGAGUGGAAAAACAGCGCCCUCUUCCUGAUUUAUGUAGCAACAGUUUCUAUCUCUUGAAAAAGCAAUUUGGCAGAUUUUUUUAUUUUUUAUUUUGAAUGAGGUGAAAACGGUUUUAUAGUUCAUUAUUCUUGAGCACAGUCUGUGAAGGCUGGACAGCUUUCACACAAUGAAAAUCACAAUAAAACUGUUUCCCUUUUUCCUCUCUUUCACAAACACAUGCAGACAUAGAUGAGUGUGAGCACCCAGACAGCAACACGUGUGACCAUGAGUGUGUAAAUACAGCAGGCAGUUUCCUGUGCCGCUGUCACAGUGGUUACAUUCUCGCAUCGGACCAACGUACCUGCAUCCCUGUGCACAACUGUGAGUUUCUUUAUGCUCCAAUAAAGCGAUGUUUUCAUCCAUUUUACAUCAGUUAAAUAUUUCCAUACCUGAGCAUCAUGAAGGUUUUGUCUUGCAGUGAGUUCAUCUGGGAAGUCAGACACUUUGAUGAGCUCUGGUACCUGCUCGUUCACCUGUCAGGAUUUUAUGAACAUGAAAAACAGUCUACUGCAGCUCAAACUGCGGCUGGGCAACACGCAGUCACCCAACCAGGUAACCUAAAAAUGGCAUUUACUAGAACUUGGUGAAUAUUAUUUUCUAAGAGAAAAAAGGUGCUCUUUUUUCAGCUUUUUCUGAAGCAAAGUACUGGACUCAAUACCUGAUACCUUGAAAAUUAUUGCAAAUUUUCUCUAGCUGUGUAUCUGCUGAAUGGUUUUAUUCUUUUGAGUUGUAUCGAGUUUUCAUUUUCCUUUAAACCCACCAUUUUAUGUUUUAUCCUUCUGUCAACUGGGGCUGCAAAUUAGCAUCUGUUAUAAACACUGAUACUUGUAUUAGACAGCUGCUCCCAGUUUUUCUAUUUAUUUCUAUUUGUUUCUCCGCCUCACAAAUGAAGCAUAAAAAAACACAUUUGUCCUACAUCAUCUUCCUUCUUUGUAUGUGUAGGUACCUGGCCUGGCCAACAGCAGUGACAAACCCUCUCCUGGGCGCCAAGGAAAAAGUCCUGAUAGCCACUGUCCACCUGGUGUGCCAGGUCCUCCAGGUGCUCCAGGGGUCCCAGGUAAUGACAUUACUGCAGCAUGACAGUAAAGGGAGAGAGUGAAGAGACUGCUCUGAUAGUUUGGGAAGACUUUAUCCAUGCAUGGUAUUUUUGCUUUAGCUAGUUUGCAAUGUGAGAAAUGGAGUAGACUUGUUAUCUAAACUAAAAUAGCCUUUCAGGGUGCUCGAAUCACAGCACUGAUCCCCAGAGAGCAACAGAUUUUACUGCUGGUCAUAGCUGUGCUUCAAAAAGACAGAAAACAUCAGGGUUUAAAGAAAGCAAAUAUCUUCAAACCUGAACAUGAAUAGCUUAAGUUGAAAAUCUGUAAAUUUUCCUUUUAAGCUUAAAUUUUGACACUUAUUAGACCAAAGCCUUGAGGUAAUCAGGGUUCCUAAAGACCAGCUCAAGAAGUAUAGCAGAAAUAUUUCUGUAUUAUCUGGUUCAAAGUUUUCCCUGUAUCCAUCCAUCCCUAUUAGGACACCCAGGUGAGCCAGGAAAGAGAGGGGACCCAGGGAUGAGGGGCCCACCUGGUCCCAGAGGACCACGGGGAGACAUGGGACCCGUGGGUCCAGAGCCAGACCUGAAGCAUAUCAAAAGAGGGCGCAGGGGUCCAGUGGUAAGACCAAAGCUAUCACAGCAUGUAGGAGACAUCACAUCUAGCUUGCCUUCAUUAUAAUUUACAGCUUGAUGCCCUCAUGGGUCUCUACUUCAAAACUUAAAGUGAAAGGUCAUAACCCUCAGUUACAGUUAAAGAGAUGGAGGGGGAUCUCAGUCCUACUUAAAAACAGCAAAGUCAGGUGAUAUUUUGUGGAGUUAUCCCACCUGUGACAAAAUCUGUCAAACUUCACAAUAAGUUUUUCAAGAUUUACAUCCUGGAAACAUUUUUUUUUAGUCUCUGCUUUACAGAUUGUACAUUUAAAGACAUUAGAAAUGUUUUUAACCUAAACAAAAACUAUAUAUUAACUUGAAUUCUUUCAUAUUUUAAGCUUUGCAAUUUCUUUCAUACUUGUAUUUCAUGGUUCAUACAGGGACCUCCUGGAGCAACGGGCAGAGAUGGACAGAAGGUCACUACCACACUUAUCUUCAUGUGUUUUUGUGUGCGUGUGUUUAUGUGCAUGAAUGAUUGUCGACAUCCUGAUGCCACCAUAGCUUAUACUUUGCCUUCAGACCCCUGUCACUGUGUGAACAGGGUCUAAAAGGUGCAUUUGGGUUCAUUUGUGCUGUUUUUCAUCUGCAGGGUGACAGAGGAGCUCCUGGUCCAAGAGGUCCACCUGUGAGUUUAUAUUUUAUAUAUAAUAUUUUUGAUAACUUAACAAAUGUAAAAGUAUUGGGUAAAUCUGCAAACAUACUCUGAAAAUGCAUGUAAUUUGAAAACCUUGUCAGGUUGACAAUGUUGCUUAGCUCACUUUCUUUUCUCACAUAUUCAUCCACAUCAGUCAUCAGUUUGGUUGACAAAAAUAGUUAUUUGAUCCAGUGAGAUGGUUUCAGAUCAGCUGCUCUCAUGCUGAUCGUUUGUCAUCAAACAUGUUGAGAGGGGCGUAACUUUUAAUGUGGGUGUUGCAAAGAGUUAUGGGUCAUUUCUCCUUCCUUCCUUUCACAAAGGGUGAUCCAGUGUAUCCUAUGCUAAAGGAGGUAAUAAAGGAAGCAGUGAAGCGAUUUGCCUCAUUUGGAGAAUUCAAACUCCUGUUAACAUGGCCGACACUCAGAGACUUAGGAACCAUUUAGACAGAGCUAAAGACUUAUAGAAUUAGAAAACUGGUCUAUAAUUUCAGACUGAGAAAUUAAAAAUGGCAUGCAGGUCAUCUUGAUCAAUCCCUCAUGUUGUCCUCUGUCUACAGGGACCACCCGGCUCCUUCGACUUCCUGUUGCUAAUGAUGGCCGACAUUCGCAAUGACAUCAUUGAACUACAGGAGAAGGUGUUCGGGGAGCGGCGAGGCAUCUCUCUGGACAGUCCUCCUCAAUCCAGUGGGGAGGUGGAUUUCGUAGAGUGGGGCUCUGGACAAGGAGAGCUAAUGCUCAAUACCUGACCUAUGACCUCCCACACACACACAGAAAACAACAUGUAAAUAAUAUUUUGUUUGCGUGUGUGGUGAGCUGUGAAUGUGGCCUCGAACACACUCUCCACGCUGCCACAGACAGUGAAACAGAGAGAUACAAGGAUUAUGAUCAAGGAAAUUGGACCACAGACUCUCCUAACCACUGUGAGCACUAUCUGGCUCCCUUUCACAAGCCGUGGAGUGUGUGAGGGAUGUGUGUGCACGGCAUGGAGCUGGAGAGAUGCACCAUGUGCCUUUAUGUCUAAGCUGCGCCUCUGAGCUGAACCACUUCAAACGAUGAACUUUAUCGUCUACAUCUCUUCCUGUUCCCGAGUCUGUCCGUGGAAGCUCUGCUGCCGCUGACAGUUUGCCUGCAGGGCGUCGGUACAAAGAGCCGGGGCCCACACUGUGAGCUCUCUGCACCUGUCUGCAGGAGCCAGACCUCCAAUCUGAGCUCUCCAGCUCUCCUCUGCUCUGAGGAGUCUUCAGACACUAACUCAUGAGAUUCAUGAAUGUUACCAAUCCGAUACUGUUGCACAAAAACACUCAUGUCUGAUGUCCUUGUGAAGUUGUACAAUAAAAUAACUCAAGUUUAAGAGCAUAAAAGCAGCAAAUUUUGUUCAUCCAAUCAUAGGCAAAGAUGGGUUUGAUUUAGGUUAUAUUUUUGCAUUUCAAAUAAACAGAUAUUAUUAUGUUUGCCAACAUGACACAUUAUAAAUGACACCCGAGUGUUGUCAAAAACAGAUAAAAGAAAAAAUGCAGAGCUUUAAUAUACCAGAAACCUAAUUCCCCAGUGUAGACCUCAGGAUCCAGGAUUACUUCAGGGUCUUUUCUCAUUUCUUUCUUUUUCUGAAGGCUAAUUGGCUGUCUACCCGCUGUAUAGGUAUUCAUGCAAAGCAUUCAUUUAUAAAUCAUAUUAGCAAUUUAGAGUGACAUAAAAAUAAUCACACAGAUUUUACUUUGGGUUGCAUGGUAUCAAUUUUCUUAUCAUCCCACUUGUUGGUUGAAUUGAUAUUAAAAUGAACAUUUCCAAUCGUAGAAAAGUAAAAAAAAGUCCUCCUCUAUUUUCCAUGAUUUGCUGGUAAUUGGUCAGCCAUUAAUCAUGAAUCCUAAGUUGUAAGCUCUCCAAAUAAGAUAGACAUGAUAUAAAAACAAAACAUCCCCAUUGUGAAAAGUGCCUGUCUCCUUUCCUUGGAUAGAUUUUUUUUGGCACAGAGAUCAGGUUGACAGGAUAACAAAUCAGUGCAAUGGUGUUAAUUUGCAUGUUUGUGCUUUAGUCUGCAUUUGCUGGUUUUAAUCCUGUUAUUGGAUGACUGUUUGAGAUAGUUGGACUGCUUAUAAGCAUAUUAUAUUUUGUUGUUAUUUAAGAAAACUUUUUAGGAGCUGGUAAGAUGUUUGGUUAUCUUUAGGCAGAGUAGUCUAGCUGUUUUGUUUUCCUGUUUCAAGCUUUUAGGUUAUUUAAACUGAGCGUGUCAACCAGGUUCAAGUAAACCCUGUAGAGGGGCAAAACUGUGUAAUUACAACAGCCUUAAGAUCCUUUAUUUCUGGCCCAAAACAACUUUUCCUAUAUCUGCUAAUAUGUCAUACUGUCGUGUUCAAAUAUUACAUCCAGAAAAUAAAAACUUUUGGUAAGAAAUUAA